CGAAAAUCUCACUGCAUCUUUGUUCAUCGAUGAGAUAAACAAACGCUAACUUUUAGAAACAAGAUAGACAACAUGCCACCAGAUUCAAGAAGUGUGUCUUUCAUCUUCCAUCGUGAUGCAGUCAAUGCACGGAGUACUCCAGAUGAGAGUAAAAUUCAAAAGAAUUUCAGGAGAAGGCUGCAAGACAAAUUUGACAAAGAGAAAGUUGAUGGCUUAAAAGAUAGAUCAGACAAGGACUCUUCUGACAAGUUGUGGCACAAUCUCAGUCUUGGUCAGGUUUCCACGGAUUCGAAAAAGGCUUUUAGAAGUGGAGCAGAUAAAAUAUCCAAGACUAUCUCGUCUGUCAGGACAACUCUGGGUUCUAUAUCACAAAAAUUCAAAAGUUCGACUCGCCGACGCCAGCGGCUCGAGGAACAGCAGUCGCCCACAAGUAGCGCGUGCAAAUCGCAAACGCCACAAUCGCGCUCGCGCAAUCUCUUGGGCCGCACGCCGACAAAGCUUUACAGUCCGUUCGGAAUCGAGUCACCGAGAAACGCCUGGGGCAAGGAAAACGACCGUUUUGGGGCUGCCAGCACGCCUACCAACGCCUUCAGAGAAUCACCUGAAAUCGGAAAUUGUACGAGCACCAACGCUGGCAGGCGCCAUCGGUUUUUCCGCCUUUCCAAGGUGAAUGGGUUCUGCGCCUUAAGAUAA